GGGUCCCGUCGAUUCCGCGCUGCGGGUAAGAUCUGCUCCAGAUGUCACUUGGCCAAAAGAUCACCACAGCGUUCGAGAAAGCCCUCGCAUCGUCUCAUUUGUUUUUCAUACCAUCUCAACUCCACAUCCACCCUACGCACGGUAUAGCAUUCCAAAUCCGCCUCGCACCAUCUCUUACCAAGAAACCAGAUGGCUAUGUCGCCGACAAGCGAAACCCAUUCUUACCCUACGAUCCAGCCAUGUUUGUACAUGAAUACGAGCGGCAUGUUGUUUUGUUGAAUAAAUUUAGUGUGGUCAAGGGACAUGUUUUGGUUGUUACCAAAGAAUUUGAAUCACAAAUGUUCCCCCUCAACGCACACGAUUUCAGCGCAACAUGGAAUGUCAUGACACAAGGUGGAAGUCAAUAUUUAGGAUUCUACAACUGCGGACCCGAAUCCGGUGCAAGCGUCCCACAUAAACACAUACAACUCAUACCGGCAUCAACAGAAGUAGAUGAUGUAUAUCCGCCCCUUCAAACACUUAUAUCAACGCGCAAAGACCAACCCGGUACACCCUUUUCAGAUGCAACACUCCCUUUUGCACAUGGGAUAUCUCUCCUUCCAGCGACACCCACACCGACAACACUCGAAACAAUAUACAAAGCGCUCGUUCAACACGCGUUUAGAUCUGCAAGGUUGGAUCCCGGGCCGUGUUUACAGCGAAAUGAACAUGUAGCGUCCGGUGUACCCGAUGCAGCACACCCACAGGCAUCGUAUAAUAUGAUUAUGACACGAGAGUUUAUGAUGGUUGUGCCGAGGAGGGUUGAGAGGGCGUUUGGGGUGAGUGUCAAUUCGGUGGGGUUUGCGGGGAUGUUGUUGGUUAAGAAUGAGGAGCAAUUGGAGGUGGUGAAGAGGGUUGGGCCUAUGGAGGUGCUCAAAGAGGUGGGGUGUCCUGUUGGAGAGGAGGUCAAGGUAUAGUUCCGACAUACACGCGAAAAGAGCGCGGAAAAACAAAAUGUAAAAGGGAUAUAGAAUGACUCCAAUCUACUAUUAUAUAUUAUGCAAUAAACGCAUCUAUACCCCUGUUCGACACAUGAUCGGAUUACAAUGUA